AUGGGGUCUGGAAAGGAUUUGGGCGAACUGCCACCCUAUAGUGCAGUCGAGAGCCAGCAAUGGCACAAGCGCCGGCCACGGUCACUGCGCCGCUCGCGCGGGCUCAAGUAUCUAGCGCUGGCCUGUCUCGGCUUCAUCGUCUACGCCCAGUGGAGACAGCUAUCGCCGUCGUCGAGGGCCGGCGCAACCACGACGCUGUCCAUUGAAAAGCUCGAAGCCGACCUCGCUGUCUGCUCCAAGCUCCGGACCAAGCCGCAGGACCCUAUCGGUCUGGGCCGCGAGCGCAAUGCUCGCUAUGUCGAGGGACACAAGCCCACGCUCAUCAAGAAUGCCACCGUCUGGAUCGGCGAGCCCGAGGACGGCACCAGCGACGAGGAUGCCCGUGCCGGCAAGGGCUUCUCUUGGGUCACCAGUGACGUUUACCUCGAGCACGGCCUCAUCAAGAAGGUCGGAAAGGACCUGGAUCUGACUUCGCUGGCAUCCGACGUUAUCGUAUGGGACGCCCAAGGUCGCAAGCUCACGACUGGCAUUAUUGAUAUGCACAGUCAUACCGGUGUCUACGGCAUUCCUGAGCUCCGUGGUAAUCAGGACGGCAAUGAGAUGUCCUCGGACAUUACUCCAUACGUCAGGUCAAUUGAUGGACUCAACCCUCUUGAUGACCAGAUUGAGAUUAUCAAGUCCGGUGGUGUGACCACUAGUCUCAUCCUGCCCGGAUCUGGUAACAAUAUUGGUGGCGAGGCUUUUGUCAUCAAGCAUGCCGUCGGAAAAGAGGAUGGCCGAAACGAGACUUCCAUCACAGACUUGCUCGCCGAUCCCGACCGCAACUGGAGAUACAUGAAGAUGGCCUGUGGUGAGAAUGCCAAACGUAUCUAUGGCAAGGUCGGUUCCCAAGGCCCGGUGAGCAGAAUGGGAGAGUCGUGGGAGUUCCGCCAUGCGUUUGAAACGGCGGCGAAUUUGAUCCGCGCUCAGGACGAUUGGUGCGCGCAGGCCGACGCGAACGGCGUCCAUACCAUGUCUACCUACCUCCCACAGGAGCUAAAGUGGGAAUCUCUCAGUGCCGCACUCCGUGGUCAGGUUCACAUCAAUACCCAUUGCUACACUAUACCCGAUCUCGAGGCAUUUGUCGACCACACCAACGAGUUCAAGUUCCCCGUCCGUGCCUUUCACCACGCCCACCAGACGUACCUCGUGCCUGAGAUCUUGAAGCGCGCCUGGGGACCCAGUCCUCCCGCAUCGGCUCUCUUUGCCGAUAAUAUGUGGUACAAGGCCGAGUCUUAUAUCGGCUCGGAAUAUGCUGGCAAGAUCCUCUACGAGAAUGGUCUGACCCCCAUUUACGUGAGCGACAACCCCGUCAUCAAUGCUCAGCACGUUCUACAUGAGGCUGCCAAGGCUUAUGGGUACGGUCUUCCCUAUCACGUAGCAUUGGCUGCUGUGACGACAGCUCCAGCCGAGCGUCUUGGACUUGGUCAACGAAUUGGCAAGGUCAAGGCUGGAUUCGAUGCCGAUAUUGCAGUCUGGGACAGCGAUCCAUUGAGCCUUGGAGCUGCUCCUGUACAGGUCUGGAUAGACGGAACUGCUCAGUUUGAGAACCCGGUAGAGCUCGACAAGUCGUUCCUCGCACCAUCAAGCUCUCCCCGAGGAGCCGUGGACAUUCCAGAAGAGCCAAUCACAGUUUCCGACGUUGUCUUCACUGGCAUUUCCACGUCACUCUUGCCCGAAGCACAAGAAGGCAAGUUUGACGGAGACAAUAUCACGGUUGCCAUUUCCCAGGGCAAGAUCCAGUGCAUUGGAUCGUGUGCCAAUGAACUUCAGGUUGCCGCGCAGUCCGGCACAAAGGUUGUUCACCUGAAGAAUGGAUACAUUAGCAAGUCAUUUGUGGCCUUUGGCACUCUCAUUGGCCUCAACGCCAUCGACUCGGAAGCGGACACGGAUAAUGGCAAGAGCACCGAGCACUUCAGUCGCGGUGUCGAUGGUCUCCGCCUCGACUCAAAGAAAUUGCAAUUUGCUCACCGAUACGGCGUCACACGUGCAAUUACUGCCCCCAAAUAUACUGGACAAGGAACGCACUUUGGUACUAGCGUUGGCUUUAAAACGAAUGCGCUUCAUGUACUUGCGGAGGGCGCCAUCUUUGUCGAUGAUGCUGCUGUCCACUACACGCUGGACAAUCAGUCCAAGAACUCUGGUGGUUCCAUCUCAGCUGCCCUGGGAAGCCUGCGCCACAAGCUGCUCAAGGCUGUCGACGCUGGCAACAUUUCUGCCGCCGAUGCAUUCACCGAAGAGGCUUAUCUCAAAAAGGUCGUCAACGGCGAGAUCCCUCUCUCGAUUACCAUUCACACUGCCGAUGGCAUUGCAAGUGUUUUGAAGCUGAAGAAGCAGAUUGAGUCAGCGAGUGGUUCUACAAUCAAGCUGGUCAUCAUUGGAGGCGCAGAGUCCCAUCUUGUCGCCGACGAGAUUGCUGCCGCCAACGUGGGCGUCGUCCUCUCGCCUCUAUUGUCGUACCGCAAUACUUGGGAACAGCGCAGAGCCUUGACGGGUGCUCCGCUGUCCAAUGGUACCGCCAUUGACAAGCUCCUCGAUGCUGGAGUCGUCGCCGCGAUUGGUCUCGAGGAGGACUGGCUUAUCCGCGAUAUGGCGGUCUUGGCAGGCGUCGCCUACACGAAUGGAGAAGGGCGCAUUGGAAAGAAGGACGCCCUGGACUUGGUAAGCACCAAUGUUUACAAGAUUCUCGGACUGGCAACUCCCGAGGCGUCUGGGGAUUUCAUCGUCUAUGAGGGUAGCCCCCUGGAGGUUGGCGCGCAGGUCAAGGCCGUUGGAUCCGGAUCCUCGACUGUCACUCUGAUUGAAUGA